UCAGUCUUUCAAUAUUUUCCGGUCCAUUCGGCUUCACAACAACUCUGUAUCGUGGACACUUUGGAUAUAUUCACCAUUAAUUUCCUCAUAUUAGCUUUGUAAAAAUGGAUAUACUUAAAGCUGAAAUAGCAAGAAAAAGAAAGCUCCUCGAAGAGAAUCAGCUUGUUGAUGAUUCCAAGAAAUUCUUUAAAAGGGCAGAACUUGCACAGAAAGAGCAGGAGGACUACUACAGAAGAUGUGGAUUGAAGGUGCAGAGAGAGACUCCUGAGAGACAGAUUGAUCAUAAGGAGGACGACGAGCCGUCCAGCUCAUCGAACCCAGUUUUAGAAUUAGAACUAACAGAGGAGAAGCUCCCGAUGACGCUGUCACGACAGGAGGUUAUUCGGCGACUUCGAGAACGAGGGGAACCAAUCCGAUUGUUUGGAGAGUCGGAUUAUGAUGCCUUCCAGAGACUCAGGAAAAUUGAAAUUCUUACCCCAGAAGUGAACAAGGGUCUGCGAAACGACUUAAAAGCAGCCAUGGACAAGAUCGACCAGCAGUACUUAAAUGAGAUAGUAGGAGGAACAGAGGCAGGGGAGGUGGACACGCAACACGACCUGAAGGUACACGAAGAGAACACCACUAUAGAGGAGCUGGAGGUUCUUGGAAAAACCCUGGGAACAGGGGAUGACAGUGGAGACCAGGAUGUUAUCCACAAGGUUUUAAGGUUUCUUCUUGGCGUUUGGGCUAAAGAUCUGAACAGUCGGGAAGAUCUGGUCAAGCGCAGCGUUCAGGGCAAGCUGGCCAGUGCCACACACUCACAGACGGAGUCUUAUCUCAGGCCUUUGUUCCGGAAGCUCAGAAAGAAGAAUUUACCUGCUGACAUCAAAGAGUCAAUCACAGACAUCAUAAAAUUUAUGUUGGAAAGGGAAUAUGUGAAGGCAAAUGAUGCAUAUCUUCAGAUGGCUAUCGGGAAUGCUCCAUGGCCCAUUGGUGUAACAAUGGUUGGUAUCCACGCUCGUACUGGACGAGAAAAGAUCUUUUCCAAACACGUGGCCCACGUUCUCAACGAUGAGACGCAGAGGAAAUACAUUCAGGGGCUCAAGAGGCUAAUGACCAUCUGCCAGAAACACUUUACAACAGAUCCAUCAAAGUGUGUGGAGUACAACGCUCUGUAGCCUCUAACGACCUCAGAUCUAUGCUGCAGCCCCAUUAGUGACCAUAAGAUCUAGACAAGCUGCUUUGGUUCCCACGCAGCACUGUUGUCAGUCAUGAAGGUGUUGGAGACCCUCGUAUUGCAAUUAGCACAUUCAAAUCCCCGCCAUUCAUGGAGUGGUCGUUUCCAUAGCUCUUGUGAAAAUGCAUAUAUUAGAAGGGCAAGGAGAGAAUUAAAUUAAAACCUGUGUUCAGCAGCUUAUUUGCCCUUUUUCUUUAUUGAUUUUGGGUCACUGAGGCUUUAACAGCAAGCCCAGUCAGAUUUGGAUGAAUAGUUUUUGCCUCUAAAUGUCUGGGUUUUUGUUUUAUUAUUCAAGAUACUCUUUCUGUUCAUUCUCUUUAAAUGUAUCAGUUUAGAUAAUUGCUAAAGUAUCAUGUGAGAUUACAGAUAAUCAUUUAAUUUCUUGCCCACCACUCAUUUACUGCAGAAAUGACUACCAACUUGCAUUUUUAUAAAAUCUGUAAUUGAAGCUCAACUCCUCCUGGCUGGAGAGUUAGAUUGUUGCCAAGCGCCUGGGAUUGUUGAAACCAAUAACUGGUGGAGGUGUAGUGUGUCACACUGUUAUGCCAGUCUCUCAUUUCUGUCUGUCUUUCUCUUGAAUGUAUUUAUUGAUUUUUAAACUGAUUCAAAUAAAAAAAGAUCACUAACAGAAGUAAAACAAUGAAUUUGGAUGCAGAUUAAGAACGUAUCGAGUCAAAUUCAAUCUUAAAUCUAUGCAAACAAUAUUUUUGUAGAAUUGCAAGAAAAAAACAUACUAAAAACAAUCCGUUAUAAUCCAAAGUUUUUAGAAGAAAGUACAGUCUUGCUAACUUAUCUCUAUUUAGGGGUGUAGCGAUUCAUUUUAAUGAUCAUAUAAUUUGUGGUUGCAAGUCAUAGUCAAUUUUGGUUCAUUUUGAAAAAUCUGACUCACUGACCUGAAAUCAAUCCAGGACAUCUUUAGCCCAAGCUUCAACCAGUGUGACUCAGAGAUAAAUACCGGGGUACCUGAGGUUUUCCAGAUUCCUCUAACUUCUUGCAAGAUAAUCAAGUGUAAAUUAAAUAUGUGUAUAAACAAACAAGAAUUGAUGGCAAAUCCAUACACAUUUUAGUUUCUUAAAGUUCAGCCCACUGUUGUUUUUCCACAACAAAAUAAUACAAUGGGAACAGUAUAAGAGCAUUCUACCACACUCAAUGGUCACAUGUUUUUGCAACAUUCAAAGUGUUUCACACACGUGGCUUGAUCAUUUUUUGCUGCCAUCAUACGUGUGUUGUCAUUUGUGAUGCACUUGGUCGUUUAUACAGAACAGUCAAAUAAACCCACUGUGCCUCAAUCCAAA